AUCGCAAUCCACUGUUCAUCUCUCCCCAUACCUUCACCCGCUUUCCUUUCCGUUGAGAGCAGUCAGUCAUCUACAUCUACAUUUACAAAGCUUAACCCGAAACAAUAAAACUCUUCUUACUCUUCAAAAAGUUCUGUCAUUGGUUAAAGAUUCUAGUUAUAUCAUCUCAAUUCGCAAUGAAGUUCUCUACUGCCUGCGUGGCUGCGAUGUCCGUUAGCCUUGCCUCGGCCGGAGGCUGGUUUGGCGAAUCUAACCAAGUCGUCAUCAAGGACGCACAGAAGGUGCCCGGCAAUUCUCCUCUCGAGUUCUGUGAUUCGGACCACAGCCAGGAUAUCAUCAAGAUUGAGAAUGUUGAUUUGUUGCCGAAUCCUCCUGAGUCCGGCGCCGAGCUGGUUAUCCGAGCCACGGGAACCGUAUUCGAACGCAUCGAAGAGGGCGCAUACGUCGACAUCAUCGUCAAAUACGGUUUAAUUCGUCUCCUCGCCACCCGGGCCGACCUGUGCGAACAAAUUGGGAACGUCGAUCUCAAGUGCCCUAUUGAAAAGGGUGUGCUAUCUAUCACCAAGUCUGUUGAUAUUCCCAAGGAGGUUCCUCCGGGAACGUACAACGUCUUCGCUGAUGUCGCCACUGCUGAGGGCAAGCCCAUCACUUGUCUUCAGGCUACGGUGAAGUUCGGUGGCAGCAAGCAGGGCACCCUGGGUGACCUAUAAAGAACUCCCCAACUACCGAAUCGGAGCCAGCAUAAUCAUGUCAUCUCUUGACAGCAGGACCGGAUUGCAAUAGGAUUGACGACCACGAAUUAUAUGGCACACUCUUGGCGGACGUAAGGGUACACUUUUUUCCCACGUCUGGAUUUGUACGGACUCGAGGACACGACAGUUUGAUUUUGUUUGGACCAAUUUGUUUCCAAGUUUCUUUGAUACCGCAUGGUAACGCCAACUUAAUGAGAUGAUUUUAGCAUUAGUCGCGCAUAUGCAAUGAUACCCCCUGUGAGGGAAUAUUUGAGUUCUUGAA